CUACCUACACAAUGGAGGGGAGGAGAUACCUCCGUGGCAAACGUGUUGUACCCGAUGUCAAGCCCGGUGCUCGAACAGGCGAGCCCUGUCUUGUCUUUGUUCUGACCCCUUUCCCCGCCCGCAGCGGAACGGGGUGUUGUUCAAGAACUUCACCUAGGCGGGUGUCCACAACACAAUUUCCUUCAGUCACAUUGAGCACCGGGUCCAACUAGUCGCCCGACAAUGAACGCCUGUUGUCGAUUUCUCUUCCCCUCGGCUUAUUCCCCCCCACUCCCAAGACACGAGCUACUCUCAGUAGGGGCAGGCUAACGUGGAUAGUGCCAGCAUGCCAGCACUUUCCCACCGCCUUUUCCCUCCUUCUUCCCAAACACGGCCUAAUACUCUGAGUAGGAGCAAUCCUUUACGCCACCCCAAACAGCGGCAGAAGAAUGCAACCAGCCAGCCAAAACGCCCCCUCUCAGAACCCGACGCCUUGCCGUCACCGUUUUCGACCCACGCCGGCGGCUGUAGCGGCGGCGCGUCCCACGAAUAAUUCACCACCGUCGGGCCCGCCACCGGCCAGCCCUCCGCCUGUGCCACCGCCUCCCGCCAGGCGCGUUCCUGCGCCUCGAGCUCCUCCG